CACAGUACAUUAUUAAAUAAACAUUGAAUUGAUUGUGCGUCUCAGUGAAAUUUUGUGAACAAUUUGCACGUGUAACCAGAAUGAAAUUGCUGACAAACAAAACAGUUAUGUGAUUGUGAGUACAGAUUUAGAGUUUCCGAAUCAAUAAAUUUGUUGUACCUAUAACAUUGUGUUUGGAUCACUGGAAACGGAUAACGGGAUGUCAGCCGUUAGAACCGGACGUGUGGGUAAACAUAGGAGAGGGCGACGAUUGAGCAGUGGAUCAGGACUGUAAGGUGCAUGAAGUGUAUAGAGUUGCAAUCUAUUGACAUCAGACAUCAGGGGUCAAGCCACAACACCGCCUGAGAUAUCUUUGGGAUGAAAUGUACUGAGAAUGAUGGCCAUAAUGCAGGACAGGAAUAGCGAGGAGGUACCGAAGGAAUUCCUCGAGACGGGCAGGACGGGCCGCAGGAACGCCAUGCCAGAUAUACUGCACCCGCAGGGCGCCGAGGUGACCACGGCAGAUCUUCCUUCGAGGUUACAGCAACUGGUCACUACUGAUUUAGACAACCCACAGCCUGGCACGUCGAAAGCAGAUCUCGACGUCAAGAAAUGCGAUGACGCAACUAAAAAAGACAGCUGCAGUUGAGCUGUCUCUCUCACUCACGUCCUAUCGGACGCAGGACUUGCCCAAAGCGAAAGUAAUCUCAACAGGUAAUUGUAAGCACUGAGUAAUGUAGUCCCACCUUAAUUUUAGGUGUGCAAAUAUAGUUCUUAUGUCGUUAACAAUAAGGUGCCGAUUGGUCUUAUAACGUAAACAUUGUGUUGCUAACCCAAAUAAUCAGUUCCCAUAGAGCAAAUACACCAUUUUAAUCUUAUUGUACUUAAGGUAAUAAAAUCAACAUAUUGACGUAUUAUUAUCUUUAUUAACGUCAGGUUACAGAUAUACGCGAUAAAUGUAUUGUUGGCCAUUUACCUUUUGUUUGUUAUAUAAAUAUAAUGACUGUUUCAAGUAUGUACGUAAUGUUACACUGUUUAUACAUUCAUGUAUGAAAUAUAGGGGAAACAACAGUUGAUUAACAAUAUAUUCAUAAUAAUAUUAAACUUUUAAUCAAUUUAUACCGACUUAUAGGAGUUCUAGAUUCGACUCAUUUUUUUGUUUGUGAAUUUACAACGUAUUUCUGUUAUUCCUUUUUAAUUUGAAAUCUGAAAUUUAAUCCACAUGUCUUUCAAUAUUAUAACUGAAGUCGGUAUUUUUGUAAAAAGUUCUAUUACUAAUAUUUUUUGUUACUUUCAUUGAAAUUAUAAAUUUUGCUUGAAAGAAAAGAGACGAAAUGCUCGAAUACAUUAGAUUUAUUAGACGUUUGAUGGUUUUUUAUAAGUAAUGGGGACGAUAUAAGAGCUGAGGUAUGGUUUUUGAAACGGGGGAAAUUGUUGUUCUGAUUGAUAUGUGUUAUGAUUCUAAAUCGUAGUUAAUAUUAAGAUGACCGUUUCUGAAACUAGAAGUUUGUAGAAGCCAAUGGUCUAUUUAUUGUAUUAUUACCAUCGAAACAAAAAUUAUUUAUUUUAAAAAUUAAGUUGUCCUUAAUAUCGUAUUUAAUACAUACUAGGAUAUGGAUCUUAGUUUUGCGUUGGAUAUUCAGUUUUUUUUUUCAGAUAGGUUUAGCUAAA